UGACUUCAAGAUAAGCCAGUACACAGAAGAGAUUUGUUAAUAUAAACUGGUACAAGUGGUGGAGAGAGCUUGUUAUUGUCAUGCUCCACAUUGCAUGGUGACAGGUAUAGUGAUUUAGGGUUUCUAGCAAAGCACUUGUAGAAAAAUGAAGAUCAAGCUUGAUUUCCACAUGAUUAAGGGGGAUGGUGACUCAAGCUACGCAAAGAACUCUAGUACCCAGGGAAAAGCCAUUCUUUCAACCAAACCAAUGGUUGAGAAAGCCACGAAAGAAAUAUGCAUGGAUCUUCAACCUCGGUCAAUGGUCGUAGCUGACCUAGGAUGCUCCUCUGGUGCAAACACGCUCCUCUUUAUCUCUGAGGUCAUUGCUAUCAUAAGUGAAGAAACCCCUGCUAACAACAACAAUAGGGAGUGCCCCAUGGAGGUCCAAUUCUUCCUCAAUGACCUACCCAACAAUGAUUUGAACCACAAUUUCCAGUUGCUAGAGCAAUUCAAGCAGUCAAUAGUGCGAGAUUGUGCUCGCAGAGGGCUACAACAUCCUCCAUACUACGUUGCUGGCGUGCCAGGAUCUUUCUACACCAGGCUCUUCCCUUGCAAUAGUGUCCAUAUCUUCCACUCAUCCUUCAGCCUCAUGUGGCUCUCUCAGGUCCCAGAUCUUCUUGGUAGCAGCAUGAACAAAGGGAACAUUUACAGUGAUUUUGCCUCCCAUUAUCUUUUUACAGACCACAAAAUCACUGGUCGUGUGGAGAAGGAGAAGCUGGACUCUUUCAACCGACCAAUGUACGGCCCUUCUGUGGAUGAGCUGAAGCAGCUGGUACAAGAGAGCCAGUUGUUCGACAUCAUAGACAUCCGGGCCUUUGAUUUAACUUUUGAUCCCAUAGACAAAUUGGAGUUGGAAGAGAGCGCCACCGCUACAACAGGGAGACCAUAUAGUGUUCAUGAGGCUAUCGAUAACAACCACACCACAACUUUAAGAGCGGUGACGGAGACCCUAUUGGCAAGCCAUUUUGGGGAGUCUAUAAUGGAUGAUCUCUUCACGCUCUUUGCAUGUAAUGUCACGCGGCAUCUUGAGAGCUGUGCGUGGGAGGAGAGCAGCAUUAUGGCCAUUUCUGUGUCACUGGACACAAAAGUGCGAGGAUGAUAGCCAAUUAGGAACAUAAGAACUGGUUGAGAAUUUAGAUAUGGUCUCGGUAGCCCAACCAGAUCAGUUCAACCUGUUGUCUACAUGACAGUACUGAGUCUUGAUCCAGCAAGUGUCUCCUCCAAGCUUAGGGCUAGUCCGAACCAGCACUGUUCACCCUCAGAAAACAUGAUGGAUUAUUAGCACAUGAUUAUGUAUUAAAUAUUAUAAAUUAUAAAAAAAUAAAAUUUAUUUACAGUUGAGUAGUUUA